GUUUACUUCCCAAAAGGCUUAAAACGAAACUUGCUGUUUACACGCUUUCAUGGCAAAUUUCAAGUGAAAUCGUGUGCGGUGCUUUCUAAUUUUAAUUUUUUGAUUAAAAAAAGUUAAGUCUCCCCUCCGAAAAUGGCUGGUCGCGGUCGCGGAAAAUCCACUGGAACCCUCACCCAGGACCAGCUGCAGUCGAUGGGCGUGACGCGGAACGAGAUGCAGGCCGUUUCGGCGGCCGCCCCGCCACCGCUCUACCCAAUCCUACAAUCCAAGCCGGUUCCGCUGGAGUCGAAUCCCGACAGAGAUUACAAAAUUCUGUGGAAGGAGGACUUUAUCUCGUACCUGCGGGAAUCGGCCUAUUACACGACCGUCAAGAGUACCAAAGGACCGGUGGAACGUUACUCGGACAAAGUUAUUAACGUGAUCGAGAACGAUCCCAAGCGGAAACAGGAAGGGGACUUUAUCUGGGCCAUGAUGCCGGCAGAGCUGAAGCCGACGUUCAAGCGGACCAAAUCCGGCGCCAAGGGAGGGGCUAAACGACCGAAGGUGGUGGACAUUAACGCCAAGCUGAGUGCGCUGGAGCAGAAGGAAUCGUUCGCGGACGAUGUCGAUGUUAAAAAAGAAAAACCUAGCGACUCCGACGAGGAAAAGGACGAAGAGCUGGAGGAGGAAGUGGUCGACGAGGAGAUGGACGACGAGAAUGAUUACGGGAAUAAUUACUUUGAUAACGGGGAGGCGUACAACGAGGAAGACGAUAACCUGGACGAUGGGCCAGUUUAUUGAGAUGGGAGAUUCUAAUUUUGCCUAUUGUAAUUUAGUGUGAUUCUUCAAAAUAUAUGUUACAAAUAAAUUGCUUGAAAUGA